AUGGGCUCCGUGUCCAACCAACAGUUUGCAGGUUCGAGCUCGGGACUUAGCGGGGACACCUUAGGAUCCAGGGGCGGCCAGGAGCCACGUGGCUGCGCCAAGGCGGCAGAAGAGGCGCCGGAGGAGGCGCCGGAGGAUGCGGCCCGGGCGGCGGACGAGCCUCAGCUGCUGCACGGUGCAGGCAUCUGCAAGUGGUUCAACGUGCGCAUGGGGUUCGGCUUCCUGUCCAUGACCGCCCGCGCCGGGGUCGCGCUCGACCCCCCAGUGGACGUCUUUGUGCACCAGAGUAAGCUGCACAUGGAGGGCUUCCGGAGCUUGAAGGAAGGUGAGGCCGUGGAGUUCACCUUUAAGAAGUCAGCCAAGGGUCUGGAAUCCAUCCGUGUCACUGGACCUGGUGGGGUGUUCUGUAUUGGGAGUGAGAGGCGGCCAAAGGGGAAGAACAUGCAGAAGCGCAGAUCAAAAGGAGACAGGUGCUACAACUGUGGAGGUCUAGACCAUCAUGCCAAGGAAUGCAAGCUGCCACCCCAGCCCAAGAAGUGCCACUUCUGCCAGAGCAUCAGCCAUAUGGUAGCCUCAUGUCCACUGAAGGCCCAGCAGGCCCCUAGCGCACAGGGAAAGCCAACAUACUUUCGGGAGGAAGAAGAAGAAAUCCACAGCCCUACCCUGCUCCCGGAGGCCCAGAAUUGAGCCCCAGUGGGUGGGGGGCUAUUCUUUGGCUAUCAGGAAGUUUCGAGGAGCAGGCAGAGUGGAGAAAGUGGGAAUAGGGUGUGUUGGGGCUAGUUGGCACUGCCAUAUAUCUCAGGUUGGGGUUCACACCAUCACCCUUUCUUCCCUCUAGGUUGGGGGAAAGGAUGAGUCAAAGGAACUCCAUCCAUGCUCUGUCCAAAUGCAAGUGAGGGUUCUGGGGGUGACCAGGAGGAGGGAAUCACCCUACAACCUACACGCUUUAUCUGAGGCUCCAUCCCCAGAAUUUCCAGCUUUUGAAAGUGGGCUGGAUAGGGAAGUUGUUUUCCUUUUAAAGAAGAAGGUAUAAUAAUAAUUCCCAUGCCAGAGUGAAAUGAUUAAGUAUAAGACCAGAUUCAUGGAGCCAAGCCACUACAUUCUGUGGAAGCGAAUCUCUCAGGAAUAAGGCAGUUUUUUUUUUUUCCACAUCUUAUAUCCUCAUGCCCAUUUUUGGGAUAGGGUGCUGGCAACUGUCCCAAGCAAUGGGUAGUGAUGAUGGCAAAAAGGGUGCUUGGGGAACAGUUGCAGACCUGCUACUCCUACACUCACCCCGCCCCAUUCUGGGUCAAUGUGAUUUUAUUUAUUUGCUCCCUUGGAUACUGCACCUUGGGUCCCACUUUCUCCAGGAUGCCAACUGCACUAGCUUUGUGCGAAUGACGUAUCUUGUGCAUUUUAACUUUUUUUUUCCUUAAUAUAAAUAUUCUGGUUUUGUAUUUUUGUAUAUUUUAAUCUAAGGCCCUCAUUUCCUGCACUGUGUUCUCAGGUACAUGAGCAAUCUCAGGGAUAAGUCGGCAGCAGCUCCAGGUCUGCACAGCAGGAAUACUUUUUGUUGUUUUUGCCACCGUGGAGAGCAACUAUUUGGAGUGAACAGCCUAUUGAACUACCUCAUUUUUGCCAAUGAGAGCUGGCUUUUCUGCCAUAGUGUCCUCUUGAAACCCCCUCUGCCUUGAAAAUGUUUUAUGGGAGACUAGGUUUUAACUGGGUUGCCCCAUGACUUGAUUGCCUCCUACUGGAAGAUUGGAAAUUAGUCUAAACAGGAAAUGGUGAUGCAGAGAGGCUAGGAGAGGCUGGGCCAGGUGAAAGGCCCAGAGAGGAAGCCAAGAUUAGGUGAGGGUUGUCUAAUCCUAGAGCACAGGAUGGGCUCUACAUCCCAGAUCCAUAUUUCACCAGAUUAGACGAGGCCUACCAUGCACAACAGGGUGUGUGUGUGUCAUAAAACCAGAGUUGGUAAGGAUAAGUUUUGAGACCAGUACCCCUGUACUUAAUCCUGUGCUGUCAAGGGAUGGCUAUAUGAAGUAGGGUCUAAAAUCCUUAACCUGUCAAAAUUCUUGGGUUCCAGGAAGACACAUGAGCAGGGCUUUGUGGUGCCUGGGGCCGGUGUCCUGCCCUGCUGCAGUAGUGAUUCCUAGUGUCACGGUGGCUAAAGGAGAAAAGGGGGUUUCGUUUACAUGCUGUGAGAUCACCGCAAACCUACCUCACUGUGUUGAAACGGGACAAAUGCAAUAGAACACAUUGGGUGGUGUGUGUCUGAUCCUGGGUUCUUGUCUCCCCUAAGUGCUGCCCCCCUCUAGUUAUUGUAUUUGUCUGGGCUUUGUAGGACUUCACUAAUUUGGUGAUUGCUAGGUGGCCUAGUUUGUGUAAAUAUAAUGUAUUGGUCUUUCUCCGUGUUCUUUGGGGUUUUGUUUACAAACUUCUUUUUGUAUUGAGAGAAAAAUAGCCAAAGCAUCUUUGACAGAAGGUUCUGCACCAGGCAAAAAGAUCUGAAACAUUAGUUUGGGGGGCCCUCUUCUUAAAGUGGGGAUCUUGAACCAUCCUUUCUUUUGUAUUCCUCUUUACCUAUCAGACCACAUCUUCUGUCCUAAAAAUGUGUCUUCCACCGUGCCCUCUUUUCUGUUCACCCCCAAAAGAGAACCUACACACCCACACUCAUACACAUUUAAUGCUUGGAGUGUCUCCACGAGUUUUAAACAAUGUAUGCAAAAAUCCAGAAGAAGCUAGAAACCCUCCAUUCCUUGUUCCAGCCUCCUGAAUCAAGACCAAUACAUUUGUUUUGGUGCGCCACCAUGUCUGGCCGAACAUUUCUUGAUGUAUUCAUGACAAACACUUAAGACACUGCUGUAGGCCAGGCGUGGUGCCUCAUGCCUGUAAUCCCAGUACUUUGGGCAGCUGAGGUGGGUGGAUCAUGAGGUCAGGAGUUCAAGACCAUCCUGGCCCACACUGUGAAACCCCAUCUCUACUAAAAUGCAAAAAACUUAGCCAGGCAUGGUGGUGUGUGCCUGUAAUCCCGGCUACUCGGGAGACGGAGGCAGGGGAAUCACUUGAAACUGGGAGAUAGAGGUUGCAGUAAGUUGAGAUCAUGCCACUGCACUCCAGCCUGGGUGACAGAGCAAGACUCCAUCUCAAAACAAAAACAAAAAAAGACACUGCUGUAUUUUAGAUGGAUCAAACUUACUUAAUUUUUAAUCCUAAAGUAGAUACAAUUGGGGGCCUUCCAUAUAGAAAGUGGGCUCAGGAGGCCAAGAAAGGGAAUAUGAAUGUAUAUCCAAGUCACUCAGAAACUUUUAUGCAGGUGCUAGAAACUUAUGUCAAAGUGGCCACAAGAUUGUUUAAUAGGAGACGAACGAAUGUAACUCCAUGUUUACUGCUAGAAACCAAAGCUUUGUGUAAAAUCUUGAAUUUAUGGGAGGGAGGGUAGGAAAGCCUGUACCUGUCUGUUCUUUUCCUGAUCCCUUUCCCUCAUUCCUAAACUGCAGGAGAUCGAGCCCCUUUGGGCUCUGGUGACCCCAUCACUGGGGUGCGUUUAUUUGAUGGUUGAUUUUGCUGUACUGGGUAUUUCCUUUCCCAUUUUCUAAUCAUUUAUUAACACAUGCUGACUCUUCCCUUCCCUUCUCCUUUCCCUGGAAAAAUACAAUGAAUAAAGACUUAUUGGUACUCAAACUGUCA